AUGCAAUCAGAUGACAUAAUACGACAAGUUUUUCAAAGACUUUCUGAAGACCCGCAGAACACCCGAUGCAUGGAUUGUGACUCCUUAAAUCCAGAAUUCGCAUCAAUAAACCACGGAAUAUUAAUUUGCUCAACUUGUGCAUCAAUUCAUACUAAUCUUGGUGCUAUCAGCAUUGUGAAACCAAAAAGUAAUGAUCUUUGGAGCAUCGAUCAGCUUAGAAUGAUGGCUGCAGGAGGGAACUCAGCCUUUAAAGAAUACUUAGCUUACUACGAUAUGGACCAAGCCACUCCAAUAGACAUAAAAUACCGAACACGUGCAGCAGCAUUUUAUAGAUCAAUGCUCCAAGUCAUCUCAAAAAAUGAACCAUUUGAAGAAGACUUUCUUCCACAUGAAAUUGGAAUAAUGAUUGGAGACUAUGAUUGCAAUCAAAGCCAAGAAGAAAUUAAAGUAGAAAAUCCUUCCGAAGAAAUAAAAAUAAGAGAAGAGGCUGUUAAUUGUCCUGAUCUUCCAGAUGAUUCUGAAGAGCAAAUCAUGCAAUCUAAUAGUAAACCAAAGAAAGGGCUUAAGGGGUGGCUAAACAAAGCGUACAAAUCAUCAGUUAAAGCUGGAAAUGUAGUUGCAAAUAAACUAAAUGAGCUCGCACAAACCCCAGCUGUUAAAAAACUGGAAGAAAAAUCACUAGUAGCUAUACACAAGAUUGCAGAUAAGUGCAAAGAAAUUUCAGAGAAACCCAAAAUCAAAGCAGCUACUGAUAAAAUAGUAAAUGGUGCGAAAAAAUCUUACAAUAAAAUAUAAUUAUAUAUAAAAAAUGCGCAGUAAUCCUAGGUAUAUUUCCUUAUGAGAUAUAAAAAUUAAUAAGCAAAUAGCAAUGCAUUAAAAUCUAAUAGGUAUAAACUCUAAUCCUACUGUAUGCAAAAUCAAAAAAGACACAAUGAAAUUUUUAGUUCAAAUAGAAAAUGAAGCAAAAGCUGGCGCUAAAUCAGCUAUAAACUUAGUAAAGCACAAACCUGAAAGCGACAUUCAAGAAAUAGAGCCAACUGAGCAUUUAGAAAUAAUGAAAGAAUAA